UCUGAUAAGAGGAAUUUUAUGUCUGGUUGUUGGUACUUAGUAGCUUGACAUCGUGUAAAUUUCAUUUAGUUCAAGAACAUAGUUGUGAUCGAAGCCAGUGUGUUUUAUCAUGGCGAAAGUUAGUGCGGAUUUACCAGAUAUUGAGGAUAUUUUGGCGCUCAACCCAAAAGUGCGAAAAUUCUCGACUUUGGUCCCUACCAGUGCCACCAAACAGAACAAGGCUCUUUGGAAAAGAAACGCUGAUAAAAAGUGCCAAACAUGUUCGCCAUUGGAAAAUAACUUUUCUGACAUCAAACCGACCACGCUUUCUGAGCGGGGAGCCUUGAAAGAAGCGGCCCGAUGCCUUAAAUGUGCGGAUGCUCCAUGCCAAAAAUCCUGCCCAACUCAACUGGACAUCAAGGCCUUCAUCACCUCAAUUUCCAAUGGAAACUUUUAUGGAGCAGCUAAAACCAUCCUAAGCGACAAUCCUUUGGGACUUACCUGUGGAAUGGUUUGUCCUACCAGCGACUUGUGUGUUGGAGGAUGCAAUUUAGCCGCCACCGAAGAAGGCCCGAUUAAUAUUGGAGGCUUGCAACAUUUUGCUGUAGAAGUAUUUAGUAAAAUGGGAAUUCCUCAAACUCGCAACCCUAAAAUGGAGCGUCCGAAGCAGGCAGAUGCAAAAAUCGCCUUGGUAGGUGGAGGACCUGCUUCACUGUCUUGUGCAACAUUUUUGGGCCGACUUGGAUAUGACAACAUUACCAUUUUUGAGAAGCAAAAAGUCUUAGGAGGAUUGAGCACAUGGGAAAUUCCCCAAUAUCGCCUACCUCAACACGUCGUCGACUUUGAGGCGAAUUUGGUUGGAGACUUAGGGGUUCAGGUCGAAUUCGAAAGAUCCCUCUCAACUGCUGAUAUCACUGUACAACGACUAGUUCAGGAGUUUGAUGCUGCGUUUAUUGCAAUCGGAUUGCCAACUCCCAAGGUAAACCCAAUUUUCGCCGAUCUCAAUGAAAGCAGCGGCUUUUACACCUCCAAAAGUUUCCUGCCAUCGGUGGCGCGUUGCUCAAAAAAGGGUUUCUGCUCUAGUGGAACCUCAUCGCUUCCUUCCCUCCAUGGAACCGUGCUGGUUUUAGGUGCUGGAGAUACUGCCUUUGAUUGCGCCACUUCUGCCUUAAGAUGUGGGGCCCGAAAAGUCUUUGUGGUGUUUCGCAGGGGCUUCCAGAACAUCCGGGCUGUCCCAGAAGAAGUGUCCGCUGCCGUAGAGGAACAUUGCGAAUUAGUCGGCUUCUUAAGUCCGCACAAAGUGAACGUGAAAAACUCCCGGAUUUCCUCAGUCACAUUCGCUCGGUGUGAGCAGCUGGAAAAUGGCCAAUGGAUCACCGACUCUGAGCAGUUAACAACGCUGAAAGCCAAUUUUGUGAUUUCGGCCUUUGGCUCAGAGCUGCAAGAUUCGGAUACUAUUGAAGCUUUGAGGCCGCUGAUGUUAAACAGCUCUAAUUUGCCGAUGGUGGAUCCCAGAACCUUGCAAAGUUCACAUCCAAAGGUCUGGAUUGGGGGCGAUAUAGGAGGAGUGGCUGAAACUACAGUGGAAUCUGUAAAUGAUGGGAAAACGGCCGCUUGGUUUAUUCAUUGUGCCUUACAAGGCAUAUCCUCUGAAAGCACUCCACAGCUACCGCUAUUCCACACUCCAAUAGACGAAGUGGACCUUUCAGUGGAGGUUUGUGGGGUUCGGUUCGAGAACCCUUUCGGUUUAGCCUCAGCACCUCCUGUCACCACUCCUGCUAUGAUCCGGCGCAGUUUCCAGCAGGGAUGGGGCUUUGUUGUAACCAAAACGUUUUGCUUGGACAAGGAUGAAGUGACCAACGUUAGUCCCAGAAUAGUACGAGGCACCACAUCGGGACGAAAUUAUGGACCCCAGCAAGGCUCAUUUCUGAACAUCGAAGUUAUUUCGGAAAAACACUGCGAAUUUUGGUUGCAGGGGAUCAAGGAGCUGAAGCAGGACUUUCCGACAAAGGUCAUCAUCGCUUCGAUUAUGUGCGCGUAUAUCGAGGAGGAUUGGAGGGAACUGUCGAGGAAAGCUGAAAAAAGCGGCGCUGACAUGCUGGAACUGAACUUGAGCUGCCCUCAUGGAAUGGGGGAAUCUGGAAUGGGGCUCGCUUGUGGUCAGAAAGAAGAACUGGUUAGGGAUAUUUGCGGAUGGGUUCGGGACAGCAUUCAAAUUCCCUUUUUCGUCAAACUGACUCCAAACAUUACGGAUAUAGUGACUAUAGCGAGGGCAGCCAAAGAAGGCGGAGCUUCAGGGGUAACUGCCAUUAACACCGUCUCAGGACUAAUGGGAAUCAAUGCCAGUGGCAUAGCUUGGCCUCAUGUGGGAACUGCGAAAAAAACCACUUUUGGAGGGGUUUCAGGAAAUGCCACAAGACCAAUGGGACUAAGAGCAGUCGCUGCAAUCUCUCAAGCUCUUCCAGGUUUUCCGAUUUUGGGCGUUGGAGGAAUUGAUUCGGCAUAUUCAGCUCUGGAAUUUUUGCAAGUUGGUGCUCGGGCAGUACAGGUUUGUAGUGCUGUUCAAAAUCAAGACUUCACCGUCGUCGAAGAUUAUAUUACUGGCUUAAAAGCGCUGCUUUACCUCGAUGGCCGAUUGCCUGGAUGGGAUGGUCAAAGUCCUCCAACUGCAAAGCAGCAGAAAGGAAAACCCGUUUUGCCCCUUUAUGAUAGCCAAGGAAAUAAACUGCCUCAUUUUGGUCGUUUUGCACAGCAAAGAUCCGAGAUCCUAUCGAAACUUUACAAAGAAAACAACGUUUCGGACGAAGCACUUCUGCAUCAUCAAGCCAUCGCAUCGCCCAAUAAUGCAACCGCUGAAACAGUGGCUAAACCUUUGUCUGUAGAGAGUGUAAUCGGAAGGGCGCUUCCUUACAUCGGAGCAUAUAAACAGCUGGAUAAUGCCAAGCAAGUCGUUGCUCUAAUUGAUGAUGAUAUGUGCAUAAACUGUGGAAAAUGCUACAUGGCUUGCAACGAUUCCGGAUAUCAAGCAAUAGAAUUCGAUGCAAACAGCCAUAUUCCGCACGUGAAUGACGACUGUACUGGGUGUACGCUUUGUUUGUCCGUCUGCCCUAUUUUGGAUUGCAUAACGAUGGUGCCAAAGAAGAUUCCACAUCACAUAAAGCGAGGAAAUGCCAAGCUGAUUGUUGGAGUAUCUCCACUAAAUUAACGUGUUUCAAGUGGUCAAUAAAUAUUUUAUUCUUAAAUUGUGCUCUCCUCAAAUACAAGACUUUUUACCAUUGCCA